AUCACACUGACGUUUACGAAAAUUCCACUCUAUGUGUACAAAGGAUAUCUAAAUUAAGAGGCAGGUAAGACUCGGUAUUUAAUUUUUUGUGCCGUUUUGCAUAAUUAUGCACCAUUUCAUAAAUUUGGAGACUCCACGCAAGGAUUUGAAGGUGAACCUCAUUAAAGUAAAGUCUGAGCAGUUAUAAUAAGCAAAUGCAGUAGGCGGACACUAACGCAUCGCCGUCUCCUAUUUGUAACUUUUGCAUGAACAUGGACGAUGACUAUGAAUAUGUAGAAACACUGCCUACGACGAGAGAUAGAAUAGAUUUAGACUAUACUGAAAUUCAGUUCGAGAAUUCAUCAAACAAUGGACCUCCUAUGCCGAGCGCAUCACGUGACCAUUCUUCAGAUGAAGAACGCGUAAUUUACAGCGAAGUUCAAGGCAGUAGGGUAUACACAAACAUCUUACCACGAUUCGAUUCAGAAUAUAACCCAGACAGUGCAAUGCACAAUAGCGGAACCCAGGCUUCUGCAGCACCGGAGAUACCGCAAUUCAAAAUUCAGAAAACGAGCCAUAGUGAAUUAGCCGGGUUUAAUGAAGAUAUGUCAAAAUCCAAAGCUAUCUCAAAUGAGUACUAUGAUCUUGAUAUAAAUUAUCGAAAAGAUAGAAUUCCAGCCCAACAAAACAAAGCGAUAAAAGAAAAGAAAAAAGAAACAUUUAGAGACAUAACAACACUUCGAGAUGGCAGAAUGGCGAUUGUCUCAGAAACCGGAGAAAUAAUAGUUCUUAGUCCUGAGGGAAAAUACUUAUUUUCGAAUCAGUUUGAUGGCGCAUUUGAGAAUUGUACGACUGUCGACAACCUAGAAAUAGUAGCUUCAUGUGGUUUUCGAGUCAGAUUUUUUUCAGUGCAUGACACAGAAAUUAAAGAGGAGGAAGAAAAAUGCCUCGAUUUUCAGUAUGAAGAGACAACUGUACACGGGAUUUCUCACAGCGAACACAAGCUUCUCGUGUCUUGCAAUUUACAAAGCGUGGUUUCAUCGCAGCUACCAUCGCUGAAAUUAUACGAUAUGAGGAGAAAGAGUACGAAAACAAUCCCGACUUUUCGUUUCACCUAUCCAGGAGCAGUUCUUUUGAGUUCGGAUUCCAAGAGUAUUUACGUUGCAGACCAAAUAAGAAAGACAAUUACUUCCCUGUCUGAUGAUGGAAGAUUGCUCUGGGAGACCACUGAGCUCUGUAGUCCAGUGUCCUUUACUCUGGUAGAUGACAUACUUGCAGUAGCAUUCGAAACCCGGGCAGAUAUAAAAUGUUUGUCAUCGAUAAACGGAGUCUUCCUAAGAUCUGUAAUAGUUGAAGCCACUGUACCAACAACAGGAGUUUUGUUGGCAAACAAUGCAAAAGAGUUGAUAAUUUGUCCUUGCGAUAAUUCAAUUGAUAACGUCUCUAGUAUCGUUUUCUUUGCACCUGUUAAGCAUGCAAAAAAACAGCCAUUAUUUCAAAAAUUCUCUAGGAUGAAACUUCUUUCCAAAAUACUUCACAAGUAAUUAUAAAUGGCAUACUAUUCACCAUAAGUAAAACAAAAUGUUAAACACGAAAAAAAAAAUUUGUUUGCUUGUGUGUUUUCUUAUUUUGAUUUGAUUUUGUUUUGUUUUUUCUUUUGUUUGUUUGAUUUUUGGGGUUUUUUGUUGUUGUUUUCUUUCCUUUUUAAUUUUCAAAUUUACAAAAUAAUUUACUCUCAUACACACAUUUUAAACAUUGGAAACAAUAUAGUGAUAUUAUUGGAAAUAGUUUUAUGCAAUUAUAUAUAACAACGCAUUAAUACCUAAUUUUAUCUAGCUUAAUGACGUAUAGCUUGAUGACGUUAGAUGAGCUCACCACGUGAUAGAUGAUCACAUGACGUUAUUAGUAUAGUCAUUUACCAAUAGACGCUUGUUUUACUUUAGGCGAAUUGUAAAGGAAAGAUAUUUUACCAUCGUUAGCGAAGGAAUGGUCAAUAGCAGUGGUUUCAGAUAACACUACAACAUGUAAAUACCGAUAUCUUUUUAUUUUGGUGCGUUUUCUUCUCCACCGGAACCUAGAUACAGUGCGGGGACAGGUCAAUCCAGCGUUUUGUUUUACAUAAUGGCAGAUCGAACAGUGGUGGCUGUUACAUAAGGAAACUUAGCUAUAAAAGUUAAUACUGGGUACACGAAUCUUCGUCUGGAUCAAAAUAGAUUCUCUGCGAUGAUUUGUUUUAGAGAAAUUAACAGUGAGCGGAUUAGAGAUAUUAACAGUGAGCGGAUUAGAGAUUAUCAGUGAGCGGAUUAGCAUCACCUAAAUCACUGUGCACAUUUUCUCGAGCCCCAGACAAUUUUUUUUUCAAAUUGGGGGCAACGAAGUAUUAUUUCACACUCCUGCAAAGACUGUAAGAGAUAACAUUUCUAGUACGGAGUUGCUUAUCCAUAGUGCGGGAGUUAAAACACGUAAUUGUAGUUCAACUUAUCCAACAUGACCCCAUGAAAUCACUGCUCGGAUAUAAUGACGCAGUCGUUGAAAUAGACGACAUUCUGACUCUGUGUCUGGAUCCUUACCGAAUGUUGACAUUUUGGAAACGCAGGAUUUUUGGCCUAGCCUCCAGUACCUUGGGCCUGAUAGAGAAUAUCUGUGUAUAAAGGUGUUCAAGAAGGAGACAAUAACCAUGGCCAAAUACCUGAAUAGCAUUAACUACAUGUACAUGUGUGUUGUGAUCAACAAUUGCAGGAGACUGAGGUUAGUGUAUAGUAGAAGCAUGAUAUCAUUUACAUACACUCAACAAUAUUUUUUUUAUCAUGCUUUAUUUUUAGACAUUUACAAUUACAUCUACAAUUGUACAUAGAUGAUCUCACACACAAAAUCAACACUCAACAAUAUUGAUUACACUUGCUUAGAUGUGGGUAUUGCUAUUACAUAACAUUUAUGCAUAUAUAUUUUUCAAAGGUUGCGAUUCCAGAUAAAAUUGUUAGGUAACGAUAUAUAUAUAUAUAUAGUUUUUAGCACAUCUUACUUCCUUUUAAACAUGCUAUUUUCUAUCAAGCAAUCUAUAUGUAAACAAAAACAUGACACGAGCCUUGUUUACAUAACAAAGAAUUGUGAGUGCUGUAUCUCACAUGUAACUCAACAACUGAUAUUCAAAGUUUAGUUGACCAUUUGAAAUACGUUAGUUAAGCACUGUAACAAUAAGAAUGGAAAAAUAAAGCUCAACGGUGUCCAUGCCCCUUUAAUGAGAAACGCCAUGUAUGUAAAGCCAAGCAAUAUAAAGGUCGGACAUCCAUUUUGAAGCAAACACAGGGAAAUUGAGCAUUGAAAGCUUAAUCUUACGUCAUACAAAAACAAUGCAAUUGUCAUUUGCUUAGAGGCCCAGUCUAAUAGGGAGUUUUGUCUAGUUUUUCAUUAUUUUUUACUUGCGUAAUCUAAACAUUCAAGUGGUCUCUUUCAGUUUAUCGACGAUACUCCAGUUUCGCAUUCAAUUACAGACAGCUGUUGCUUUAAUUGUUUUGAAUCCAAAAUUUUACAAAGGACACAAUUUUCGAAUCGGAGCGGCAACACAUGCAGUGAGGAGAGGUUUUUUUUUCCUGAAAAUGCAAUACAGCCUAUGGGUCGCUGCAAGUCUGAUGCUGUAAAGAGAUAUACAAGGGUUGGGUAUUUUACUCUUUCAAUUUGAACAUGUCAUCAUCCACUACAAAUUGUCAUAAGGCAUUCAACAGUUGGUGGGUCAGUUUUUAUGUCUCCAUCCUCUCCAAUAGGUGAUCUCCAAGAUUAUUCAACAGUAGAUGGGUCAGACUAUGCCCGUCAUCGUUUUAUAACUCUUAUUGAAUGGGAGUUAUUAUUGAUGCGUAGGUCAGAUUUUUGUCUGCUACUUACUCCUACACAUAAGGAGCAUGAAUACAUUUACUUCUAGAUCUGCAUGCAUAGAUGUAAUCCAGGUGAAAGAAUAAGGCGUUUUGCUGAUCAUAUGUAACUAUUUAAAUUAUCUGUUGUGUUAUGUUCUGUUCUCAAGAUUGUUUAUCAUUAGAGGAUCGCCUUUCCUCUUGCAUGUCUAUAAACGUGGUUUUCCAUGGGUGGCGGAAAAUCUAAUGUUGAUUGGAUUUUGAUGCCUGUUUUGUUUUUGUUGUUGUUGUUUUGUUUGUUCGUUUGUUGUUGUUGGUUUUUUUUGGCCACCUUAUUUUUAUCAAAUUGAUUAUAAUUGUCACACUGUAACUUUGGAAGAUCCUAAACCAUGUCUAUUUACAAUAUGAUAACAAAGUGCGAUAUCCCUUAUUUUGUGUUCAUAUCAUUUUGUCAUUAAUAAAUGACAGCUUUACAACUACAA